AUGUUGUACCUCAUCAAAGGAAUUGAUCCAGACAUCUCAACUCCAAUGCCAGGUGACUCUGGAGGGUGCCUUCAAGCAUUAAAGCCCGGACCGGGCCUUCAACCCGGCUGCUUAUCCGUUGAUGAGGUCUCAGAUCUCACUGACCAUCAUAUGUCAAGCCUGUCAGUGCUCUAUCUAUUAGUCCAACUCCUCUCAGUGCUCGUACACUUUUUGUACAUUUUCUACACUCAAAAAGCCAAUAAAACCACCCAAUUCUCGGAGCUUGUCACUUGGUUUUGUGCUAUUUUGUCUGCUCGAAGUAUAUUAUCACUUGGAGCAUACGUUUUUGCUCUUGUCGCUGAGAAGAGCCCGACACUUGGUAAUUUUGUGAAAAUAUGGCUGCAAUUCUCGUUGUAUGGCAGUUUCACCGGCGACUAUUUCUCGCAACUCAUGGUUUUCGUGAUGGCUGUUAAUCGGUUGGCGGUGGUUUGUGGUGUGAAAGCAAAAUUUUUGGAUAUAUUCGUUUCGAAGAGAUUCCGCACCCCAUUAAUCAUCUUCAUCUGCCUCCUCAUUUCAUUGACAACAGCCAUUACCCUCAUCCAAGUUUCCGGGAUGAUUCGAAUCUUUUACAUAAGCAUCGGACUAGUGGACAGCGGAACUGUAAAGGGCCAACUUCUCAUCAAUCGGUGCUUCUAUAUUUUCCCGUUUGGAGCCAUUUUGUGCUACUUUGCAAUUUACUAUUAUAUACUAAAAAUGGAGCGGAAAACAUCGAUAAUUUCGCCACAAACUGCUGAAAGUGGGAAGCAGGGAGUUUCAGAGCAACUUUUAGUCACAAUUGUGAUUUAUGGGAUCACAAGCUUGACAUUUGAGUUUUUGAACACGAGAGAUUGGUCGUAUACAGUCAUGAAAAAAGUUUCCCUAGUGACUUUAUUGAAUAUAUUUAGUUAUUUACCCGAGGUGGCCUUGUCAAUAAUGCUCCUCGUUGGAAAUCAGGAGUUUCGGAAGAAGGCUGAAAGUUUUAGGAAUAGACUUGCAUGUUUUUAA